CCUCCCCCCACGGCCGCCACUCACUCGGAUGUAGUUGGCGUUGAUGUAGUCUCCAUCCUCCUGGCUCUGUGCUCGGCCAAGACAGACGCGGCUCUGGGGAUCUAGGACGUGAAAUCAGCAGAGAUCAGAGGGCUACACCCACCGGCAGGAAUUCACUGCCAGCCAGGGGCCAUCAAGAACAUUCUGGAGGACUUCUGGCGGCUGGUGUGGGAGCCGCAGGUCCACGUCGUCGUCACGCUGACCAUGGGCAUGGAGAACGGGACGAGACCUCAGCAUGAACAACCUCACGGUGCUGCAGCCCGGCCUCUUCCACCACCUGCGCUUCCUGGAGGAGCUGCGUCUCUCUGGGAACCAUCUGUCACACAUCCCAGGACAAGCAUUCUCUGGUCUCUACAACCUGAAAAUCCUGAUGCUGCAGAACAACCAGCUGGGAGGGAUCCCCGCCGAAGCGCUGAGGGAGCUGCCGAGCCUGCAAUCCCUGCGCCUGGAUGCCAACCUUAUCUCCCUGGUCCCGGAGAGGAGCUUCGAGGGGCUGUCCUGCCUCCGCCACCUGUGGCUGGACGACAACGCCCUCUCUGAGGUCCCCGUCAGGGCCCUCAACAACCUGCCUGCCCUGCAGGCCGUGACCCUGGCCCUCAAUCACAUCAGCCGUGUCCCUGACUUCGCCUUCCAGAAUCUCACCAGCCUCGUGGUGCUGCAUCUUCAUAACAACCGCAUCCAGCAUCUGGGGACCCACAGCUUCGAGGGGCUGCGCAAUCUGGAGACACUAGACCUCAACCACAACGAGCUGCGGGAGUUCCCGGCUGCCAUCCGGACCCUGGGACGGCUGCAGGAGCUGGGCUUCCAUAACAACAACAUCAAGGCCAUCCCAGAAAAGGCCUUCAUGGGGAACCCUCUGCUGCAGACAGUACACUUUUACGAUAACCCCAUCCAGUCAGUAGGAAGGUCGGCGUUCCAGUGUCUGCCUAAGCUCCACACACUAUCCCUGAAUGGAGCCACAGACAUCCAGGAGUUUCCCGACCUCAAGGGCACAACCAGCCUGGAGACCCUGACCCUGACUCGUGCCGGCAUCCGGAUGCUGCCACCAGGGAUGUGCCAGCAGCUGCCCCGGCUCCGAGUCCUGGAACUGUCUCAUAACCGCAUCGAGGAGCUGCCUGGCCUGCACAGGUGUCAGAAGCUGGAGGAGAUCGGCCUGCAGCACAACCGCAUCUGGGAAGUGGGAGCUGAUACCUUCAGCCAGCUGAGCUCCCUGCGGACCCUGGACCUGAGCUGGAACGCCAUCCGGUCCAUCCACCCAGAGGCCUUCGUGACCCUGCGCUCCCUCAUUAAGCUGGACCUGACAGACAACCAGCUGACCACACUGCCCCUGGCCGGGCUCGGGGGCCUGAUGCAUCUCAAGCUCAGAGGGAACCCAGCGCUGUCUCAGGCCUUCUCCAAGGACAGUUUCCCCAAACUGAGGACCCUGGAGGUGCCCUAUGCCUACCAGUGCUGUGCCUACGGCGUCUGUGCCAGCUUCUUCAAGGGCUCUGGGCAGUGGCAGGCAGAGGACGGGGAGGCCCCGAAGAGGCCCCUGGGCCUUCUGGCCGGAAGAGCCGAGAACCACUAUGACCUGGACCUGGACGAGCUCCAGCUGGAGAUGGAGGACACAAAGCCACACCCCAGUGUCCAGUGCAGCCCUACUCCAGGCCCCUUCAAGCCCUGCCAGCACCUGUUUGAGAGCUGGGCCAUCCGCCUGGCUGUGUGGGCCAUUGUGCUGCUGUCCACGCUCUGUAACGGGCUGGUGCUUCUCAGCGUGUUUGCCGCCGGGCCUGGCCCCCUGCCCCCCGUCAAGUUUGUGGUGGGUGCCAUCGCAGGCGCCAACACCGUGACCGGCAUCUCCUGUGGCCUGCUAGCAUCCGUGGACGCCUUGACCUUCGGCCAGUUUGCUGAGUACGGGGCCCGCUGGGAGACGGGGCUGGGGUGCCGGGCCACGGGCUUCCUGGCUGUGCUGGGCUCCGAGGCCUCGGUGCUGCUGCUGGCUCUGGCCGCUGUGCAGUGCAGCGUCUCGGCGUCCUGCGUCCAGGCCUACGGCAAGGCCCCCUCCCUGGGCAGCGUGCGAGCAGGGGCCCUGGGCUGCCUGGCGCUGGCCGGGCUGGCCGCAGCCCUGCCUCUGGCCUCGGUGGGGGAAUAUGGGGCCUCCCCACUCUGCCUGCCCUACACCCCGCCCGAGGGCCAGCCAGCAGCCCUGGGCUUUGCCGUGGCGCUGGUGAUGAUGAACUCGUCCUGCUUCCUGGUCGUGGCCGGCGCUUACAUCAAACUCUUCUGCGGCCUGCCGCGGGGCGAGCUGGGGUCUGGGUGGGACCGUGCCCUGGUGAGGCACGUGGCCGGGCUCGUCCUUGCCGACGGGCUGCUCUACUGCCCCGUGGCCUUUCUCAGCUUUGCCUCGGUGCUCGGCCUCUUCCCCGUCACCCCUGAGGCCGUCAAGUCCGUGCUCCUGGUGGUGUUACCCCUGCCGGCCUGCCUCAACCCCCUGCUCUACCUGUUCUUCAGCCCCCACUCCCGGGAGGACCUGCGGCGGCUGUGCAUGGGGGCCCCGGGGCCCCUGGCCCGUGCGGCUGCCAGCGAGCUGGAGAAGAGCUCCUGCGACUCCACACAGGCCCUAGUGGCCUUAUCCGAUGUGGAUCUCAUUCUGGAAGCUUCUGAAACUGGGCGGCCCCCUGGACUAGACACCUAUGGCUUUCCCGCAGUGACCCUCAUCUGUCAGCAGCCAGGGGCCCCCAGGUUGGAGGGCAGCCACUCUGUAGAGCCAGAGGGGACGCACUUUGGGAACCCACAACCUUUCACGGAUGGAGAACUACUGCCGAGGGCGGAGGGAGCUGCUACGGCCCGUGGGGGCCUGUCAACCAGUAGGAGCGUCCAGCCCUGGGGCUCAGCCCUCGCCUCACACUUAUAAACGUCCCUCCCCGUUCUUCGCUUCUCUCUCCCCUCCAUGAAUGAUGGCUGCUUGUCAAAUGAAUUUAACCCAAACUCAGCAGCGGGUCCGUAGCAGGGUGGCCCAGGCCCGUCUGCACUGGUCUCCGCUGUCCGUGGCCAUCACCAGGGUGCUUCCGGCCUGGUGUCCUCUGGGCCUCUUCCCGGUCAUGUCUGAAGCUGUGGGCCAGAGGGCUGCAAAUCUGCCUGACACGGUGACGGGCAGUGGGGACUGAGCAUGCAGGCGCAGGGAAUGACGGGCAGCAGCACCGACGAGAGGACCGGCCGCCACGGGCAUCUGGGCAUCUGCCCCGUGACUGGGGGCACAACAUGUGUUGGUGUCCAUUAGCCCUGAGAUGUGCUGUGCCAAAAGACUGCGUAUUAAAACGAGUUUGGGAAGACAUGACACCCACCACGGCCCUUUCUUCCAGACUCAAGUGCAUUGUCGUGUAGGGAAGGCUCGGAGUAUUCCUGCAGCAGUAAAAUUGUUGGCCUGUGUUUAACCCACUUCCCCAAAUUAUUUAACGACAGGUUUUGUUAGCCUGUUGGUUUCCGUGGAAUAUCUCAGAACGUGUCCCAGAGUUCCCGCUCCCACACCGGCCUCGUCUCUGUACUGCCUGGAACUGCCCAGUGACCCCAAACGUGGCACCCGUCCUUGAAGGCCCUGAGCCCAGCUUGAGCUGGGUAAAGUGGGUGAGUCAUCAACCAGAAGAGACUGCACACUCUGCUGCCCUUCCCUGGGAAGGUGGGGACAAGCCUGUCCUGGUGGGACCAGCCUCGGCCCCCAGCGCCAGGGCAGGGAGCAAGGGGUCCCACAUGUGCCCCCUCUGCCCCCCAAGCCCAGCCGCCGGAGACACUUCUGCCCUCGGUAAGGGGGGGCUCCCAGCUCCUGGCAGAUGUGCACAGGCGAGCCUGUGGCUGGCUGUCUGGCUUCCCUCUGGCCCUGUUUUGUGUUCCUGUUUGUCCCUCACGUGCCACAUCUUGCCAAAGCCUAAAUGUUGGAACAGCCGCUGCUGUUGUGAGGUGGGAUGCUGGACUCAGCCAGGUCUUGUUUGGGCCCAGAGUAGCAGCUUGUGCAUGGCCUUGACGUAACCACUCUGCUUCAUCAUCAGUAAAACGGGGGUGAUGGCAGUGCCUAAACUCUGCAGGUUCUGGAACCCCCGGAAGAGAGUUGUCAUGUAAAGAGCCUCGCUUGGUGCCUGGCGCAUGAGGACUUGGGAAAUGUUAGCUGCUCUUGUUAUUACUCACCCAGCUCCACACAGACAGCCGUCUGGGGGCCAGCUCAGCUUGAGGAGGAAACGGAAGGGUCCUGGGAGCUACUCCUGAGAGGAAGGCAGGCCCCCGGGCGGGGAGCCUGGCAGCAAGGCUGUGGUUCAUGGGGACGUUGCUGAGCUAUGAAGGGACGGCAGGCCCUGAGGGCGGACCCCUCCCGGUCACCUUCUGAGGUCAGUGGGGGAAAGCAGAAUGCUCCCCAGAAGGGAGCACCACCUGAUCAUGUCCAGGUGGUCCCUCAAACAUAACUCUCAGGUCUGGACAGAACCAGAGGAAGUCGCCUCUGCUGGGAGGUUUGGGGAAAGAUGCCUCCGCAGGCCAUCUUGGAAGCACCGACUUGCAACGUCCUGGUUGAAGGAUGAGGCAAUGGAAGGAAGGGGUCGUGGUCUAGGAGGGCGGGUCACCUGUCAGCCCUGAUGGAAACUGAGAGUGGGAGAGUGGGCUGGGUGCUCUCAGGGGCCCUCGGCAGGAGCCAGGGGCGACUUGCCAAGAAGCAAGAAGAACGUGGGGUGGGUUGUUUCUGGGUAGACUGCGUCUGUGCUCAUUCCCCAGCCUGCCCUGGCCUCACAGGCAGCCCUGGGCAGGACUCCGAGUGGCCCUGCCGGCACCAGCCGGGGGACAGGUUCUGAAGCCACAGCCCCACCCCGCUCCCAGUGCUUGCGUCCCUCAGGCUGCCCCAACCUAAACAAGACAACCUGGGAAGGGGCCGCCUGCUGAUGGAAAAAUACACACUUGGCUGGAAAAGGAGCUUUAUUUGUAUGUGUUGAAUUCCCACAGCAGCCGAGGGAUAAAUAGCUGGCCCAGCCUAGCUCAGAGACUGCCCACGAGGUGGGUGGCAAAAUCUGUUCUGAUUUAGAUCGCUUUGGGGGAGCAGUGGGGAGGGGCAGGGGCUGCAGGAGAGGGGAGCUUGGAAUCUGCAGAGUUUAUGUGACCAGUCACGUAUGUCAUCUCUCUCUAAUUAGGGGUUUGGAGCUGAGGUGGGGCUCAGCUCGCCUGUCCUGGAACAGAGCCGAGUGGCGAGCAGGCACGGGGCAGGGCAGGCCCCACCCCUGUCCCCUGCUGCAACUCAGGGACACCAGCCCUGUGCUGGGUUUCGCAUGCGUCAUCUCAGCAGUGCUCACACAGCCGUCUGUUAGCUGUGUCAUCACCCGCGUGUUAUGGGACGAGCCCGGGGUGGCACACAGUCGGCAACCCUGAGUCCAUGCCGUCAGCCCUGCCACCAUUCCUCAGGCGGGGAGUAGGGACCCGGGCUCUUCUCAGCCUUUCCCUCACUGGCGUUCUCCAGCAGGAGUCCUCGCACUGGUUGAGUCGGGUGGACGGAUGGCUUCGAGUAACUUGCACUUAGAGUCCCUGCAGUCAGACGCUUUUUCAGAUGGCUGCCGUGCUGAGUGACGUCCAUCCUGGCUGGGGGCCAGGGUGCCCGGGACUCCUGUCUCCUCAGAAGGGACAGGAGCCUCCGGGCCAGCUGAUUUGAGCUGAGACUGUCAGUUAGUAUAGGAGGCAGGGGGACGGCAUAUGUGCAAGUGCUGAGGCAGCAACAGCUGCGUGUGUUCUGGAGCCCGCAUCGGUCCAUGUGCCUGU